AUGCAGAAACUCACACCUGGUGACAAGAUCAGGAGUCAGAGGGUUGUCUGCCACUCAAAACCCAAAGGUCACCCAUGGUCACCCCGUCACCACUCUCCCCCUGUCCUCCCACCCUCACCUCGUCUGCACUCUCCCCCUGUCCUCCCACCCUCACCACUCUCCCCCUGUCCUCCCACCCUCACCUCGUCACCACUCUCCUCCUGUCCUCCCACCCUCACCUCGUCUCCACUCUCCCCCUGUCCUCCCACCCUCACCUCGUCACCACUCUCCCCCUGUCCUCCCACCCUCACCUCGUCACCACUCUCCCCCUGUCCUCCCACCCUCACCUCGUCACCACUCUCCUCCUGUCCUCCCACCCUCACCUCGUCUGCACUCUCCCCUGUCCUCCCACCCUCACCUCGUCACCACUCUCCCCCUGUCCUCCCACCCUCACCUCGUCACCACUCUCCCCUGUCCUCCCACCCUCACCUCGUCACCACUCUACCCCUGUCCUCCCACCCUCACCUCGUCACCACUCUCCCCCUGUCCUCCCACCCUCACCUCGUCACCACUCUCCUCCUGUCCUCCCACCCUCACCUCGUCACCACUCUCCUCCUGUCCUCCCACCCUCACCUUGUCUACACUCUCCCCCUGUCCUCCCACCCUCACCUCAUCACCACUCUCCCCCAGUCCUUCCACCCUCAACUUGUCACCACUCUCCCCCUGUCCUCUCACCCUCACCUCGUCACCACUCUCCCCUGUCCUCUCACCCUCACCUCAUCACCACUCUCCCCUGUCCUCCCACCCUCACCUCGUCACCACUCUCCCCCUGUCCUCCCACCCUCACCUCGUCACCACUCUCCCCUGUCCUCCCACCCUCACCUCGUCACCACUCUCCCUGUCCUCCCACCCUCACCUCGUCACCACUCUCCCCUGUCCUCCCACCUCACCUCGUCACCACUCUCCCCCUGUCCUCCCACCUCACCUCGUCACCACUCUCCCCUGUCCUCCCACCCUCACCUCGUCACCACUCUCCCCUGUCCUCCCACCCUCACCUCUUCACCACUCUCCCCCUGUCCUCCCACCCUCACCUCGUCACCACUCUCCCCCUGUCCUCCCACCCUCACCUCUUCACCACUCUCCCCCUGUCCUCCCACCCUCACCUUGUCACCACUCUCCCCUGUCCUCUCACCCUCACCUCGUCACCACUCUCCCCCUGUCCUCUCACCCUCACCUCAUCACCACUCUCCCCCUGUCCUCCCACCCUCACCUCGUCACCACUCCCCCUGUCCUCCCACCCUCACCUCGUCACCACUCUCCCCCUGUCCUCCCACCCUCACCUCUUCACCACUCUCCCCCUGUCCUCCCACCCUCACCUCGUCACCACUCUCCCCCUGUCCUCCCACCCUCACCUCUUCACCACUCUCCCCCUGUCCUCCCACCCUCACCUCGUCACCACUCUCCCCCUGUCCUCCCACCCUCACCUCGUCUGCACUCUCCCCCUGUCCUCCCACCCUCACCUCGUCACCACUCUCCCCCUGUCCUCCCACCCUCACCUCGUCUGCACUCUCCCCCGUCCUACCACCCUCACCUCGUUUCCACCUCCAUAUAUCCUACCACCCUUACCCCAUCUCCAUUCUCCCCCUGUCCUCCCACUCUGGCAACUAUGGCUCCAGCCUGCCAGCCUUCCAGAUUUACCGCCACGCUGAAACAUGGCGAAAGGGAUCUGGCACUUUCAGAAUGAGUGGAGGCGUGCUGCUGACCCACUCGACAUGUGUGACUGCCUGA